UAUAUCUAUAUAUUACUUCCUUGUUGAGCUACCUGGCUAUACACAGCCAGUGUAGUGACGGUUUAUACCUGACAGCAACAAGACCCAUCAGAUCUCACCGCGGUGCCAGACGACAGGAGUGAUGAAGACAGUUUGUGCUGCAGUAUUAUAUCUGAUGGCAGGUGUUGUAUCAGGUGCACCCAGUGCCAGUCCAGUGUUGUCUGCAGUGUCUGACACAGCCAGGUUCAGCUGGGAGAUUCCACAGGGAGGUCUGGGGACAGGGAGUAGUUUCUAUGCUGUCAGUCCUGCUGGUAUCACUGUGUUCCUAGUGACCGGUACUGGGACAUUCUUGACCUUUGACACCUACAGAGACAGACUGGUGUACCAGGGGAACAUAGCAGCCAGGAAUGUCACCUUUACCCUCAGUAACAUCCAGACAUCCGAUGCAGGAACAUACACCUGUGGGAAUGGAGGAGCUAGUACUGAGAUACAGAACUGUGGACAGAAACUUGUUGUCCUGGGUACACUCAGUGCCAGUCCAGUGUUGUCGGCAGUGUCUGACACAGCCAAGUUCAGCUGGGAGAUUCCACAGGGAGGUCUGGGGACAGGGAGUAGUUUCUAUGCUGUCAGUCCUGCUGGUGUCACUGUGUUCCUAGUGACAGGUUCUGGGACAUUUGUCCCCACCACCAACUACAUAGAUAGACUGGUGUACGAGGGGAACAUAACAACCAGGAAUGUCACCUUCACCCUCAGCAACAUCCAGACAUCAGAUGCAGGGACAUACACGUGUGGGAAUGGAGGAGGGGCCAGUAGUGUGAUACAGAACUGUGGACAGAAACUUGUUGUCCUGGGAAAACCCACGACACCUGGCCGUCCACCUGUGUCAACAACACCUGUCUACAACCAGUCAGUGACCUUGACCUGCAGCUCCACCGCUACCACAGUCCCAGCUGACCAUCGUCUGACCUUGACCUACACCUGGCAGCGUGACAACACUGACAUCACAGUUACCUCCCCUGGUUCCCCCUACACCUUCACAGUGAGUUCAAGGGACAGUCACAGCUACAGAUGUAGAGCCAGAGAAAGUCAGGGUCUGGAGUCCGAGUGGAGCCAGGAGUACAACAUGGAACCUCAGUACGGUCCCUACCAGAUCUCCCUGACCCCCUCCACCUCCUCCUACACUGUGACAGAACACCAGGCUCUUCCAUCAAUCACGUGCUCCGCCCUCUGUAGACCCGGAUGUAGCUACAGGUGGUUACACAAUGGAUCAGUCUUCAGCAGUGGAGCCGUGCUCCAGGGACAAGCUGACAGAUCCAAGACAGGCUUCUACAGAUGUCAGCCUUAUAAUACACACGGGAGUAGUGACAGUGUUACAGUCAGUGUUGAUGUUCAGUACCCUGCCGACAUAAGCAUGUUUACCGCCAACUCUCACAGUGGCUCAGUAACAGUUAACGAGUCUGAUACAGUGACCUUUAGAUGCCAGAUUGACAGUAACCCAAGGUCAGUCAUCAGGUUACUGAAUGGAACUGGAGAAUUGACAAGGGCAGAUAACUCCCUGACAGCAGCAUACAGACUGGAGUCAGCAGACUGUAGACAAAGAGGGAACUACACCUGUACGGCCUCCAACAACGUCGGGGCACCUGUCACCCAGACGGUGGUGUUGCUGGUUAAAAGUUCUCCACGACUUGAUGACUCGGUGUCCCAGCAACUCAAGUUUGCUGCUACUCUGGGUGGUGACGUGACUGUGUCUGUGUCAGUCCUGGCCAACCCCUUUCCUACAUUCACCUGGAGUAGAUCCAUCAGCACCAGCCAGGACCUCACUGGUUCCUCCAGCCCUGUCUCAGACAUCUCAGCCACUGCAAGACUACACCUUACUAACCUCCAGCGGCAGGACUUUGGGGACUACAGUCUUUCAGUGGACAAUGGUGUUGGCGGUUCAGUGACAUACACUAUAAGCGUAGUGGCUGAAGGACCACCAGAGACACCUUCACAGUUUAGAGAUCUGGAUAAUGCAACAACGUCGUCGGUAUGGCUGUCGUGGCUGCCUGGGUUCAAUGGUGGACGCCCUCAGACGUUUCUCAUUGAGUAUCGUCAGUUUGCUACACGAACGUGGACUGUUUAUAAGUCUUAUGAUGACACUGACGAGAUGAUGGUUGUGGAAGUAACUGGGCUUACACCAGGAGAGGUUUACCCAUUCCGACUUCAAGCGAGAAAUGACUAUGGAGACUCUAACAGAUAUGUCUUCGUAGAAACUACGACUGCAGGGGAUCCACAAGCCCAGCAAAAGGUCGAAGCUGCAUGUACCUAUACAGGAGUAAUAGCAGGUGCGACAGUAGGAACCUUUCUUCUUACCCUGCUCAUUGGAGGAACUGUUCUAAUGGUGCUGUAUCGUAAGGGCUACCGGAUCGGAAAUACUUUAAAAGAUGCUCAAAAAAGCUCCAGUCACCCUGAACCUGUGGAAAUGGACAACAGAGGAUAUUCAUCAUUAGAUCAGAUCACUGCUCCAGCGCAGUAUUCAAAUUUGGAAGAGGAAUCAGAAAAACAACAGUACACACAGUUGAAGAUGUGCGAGAAUACAAAAGAGAAUGCUGCGGCAGAUACAAGUACCUAUGAAGGCGUGACAGAGACUCCCCCUGUGACCUAUGAGUCCAUCAGGGCAUCCCCAUACCAGAACACUGGGGCACAUCCUCAAGCUCCUCAGCAUGGACAUGACUAACGAGGCGAAUGGGUAUACAUCACGACAUCAGUUUAGGUUGCGGAUAAAGAAACACGUUCAUGACACUGCAUUACUUUGCUUUGAGACAGAACGCCGUUGUUAUCUUUCAGUUCAUUCCCAUUACUUUUUGCUUGCUGGAUAAUGAUUCAUAUACAUCCACUAUUAAAAAAAACAUCUACCUUGACCAGCAAGUGAAAUGUUGGUUACGCUUAUGUCAUCUUUGUAAAAUAUUUAAUAUUGAAUGCACAAAUCCAUGUUGGUGAUUAUGUCAAAACGAAACGGAACUAGAAACCUGACCUGCAAGUUAUAAAAUAACUCAUGAUUUAGGGGAGAAUGAGUAGAGCAGGAAUAACAAGAACUCAGGUUCUACAGCAGGUACAGUGAUAGGCGUGGGCCAGAGGAAUGGCGCUCUGGGUGUGUUUGUGAGACAUCAUUGAGCUAUGGUCGUUGAUACUUACCAAGAGCAGGAGACCAUGGUGCCAUGGUGUAGGCAGUCCAGUCAUCAGACAUCAACUCCAGUCAAAGCAUGCGGACCGCCCUGCACUGUCGCCCUCUCACGAAUCUUUUGAUACUAACCACAAAAAAGGCCGACGUAGGUAUUUAGCAUUCAUCAUCGUAUACGACCUUGAACAUCGUAAAUGAGAGUAGCGCCCCUUGGUCCAAGUGGAUCGUGGUCAAGCACGCUAAUUAACCUAUGCAAUCAAGUGUUGUGAGUCGUUUUGUGCUCCGAAAUUGAAGAGGCUGUGCAGCUGAUUUAUUGCAGAUAAACCAUCUGUUAAAUCGUACGACAUCGCACAGCUACACAUGACUCGAUGAGCCCAUUGUUGGCUCCCCCACCUACAUGUACACUGUAGAGUGUGAAUAGAUUAGAUUAGAUUUUGUGUUGAAUGCCUAUAGCUUGAUAAUAUAUGUGUAUAUUAAUACUACUGUAAAAAUAGUAUAAUACUAGUGUUCUUAUAGUUGCUUCCAUUUGAAAGAAAGAUUCGUACUUCAUUGCCAAGUUUCACCUUGAGAUCUCAUUCUUUGGUUGAAUGAUCAAUUUCUAAUGAUAUAUCUAUGCACCCCCCAAGUGCCAGCAGCGUCCUUUAUACAGCUGAAUAUCAAUAAUAUGCAAUCUCUAAGUGAGUAAUACAGACAAUACUACACUCGUCCUUGUUAGAUAUCAGUUUUAUUUCAGCGCGUGUAUAUAAUUGAAAUAUUCUCGUCAAUAAAAUAAUAUCAA